CUUGCAACAUGAUGAACAAGGUUGUGAUACUCUUGGUCACGGUACUGUGGGCCCUCUCAUUUCUAACUUCAGCUGAUGAAGCUAAACCAUUUAACAAUGGUUUCACCAUUGAUCUUAUCCACCGUGACUCACCAUUAUCACCCCUCUACAACCCUUCACUGACUCCAUCCGAAAUCAUUACGAACGCCGCGAAGCGCUCCGUUUCUCGAACCAGCCGCUUCUUCUUCCCGGACAAAGCCGAGGAAGAGGAGGAGGAGAGCGUGUUGAUUCCAGACAGAGGAGACUACCUCAUGAAGAUCUUGAUUGGUACCCCUCCGAUGGAGUCACUCGCUGUUGCGGACACAGGGAGUGAUCUUGUUUGGAUACAAUGCUUGCCUUGUGAGCAGUGUUACUCACAAAACGCUCCAAUCUUUGAUCCCAAAAAUUCUUCUACUUUUGAGACACUAACUUGUGAUUCUGAGUCUUGUAGAUCGUUAUCUAGAUAUGGUUGUGGAAGUUCAGGAGAAUGCAGGUACCUCUUUCAUUUACGGAUACUCCACAAUUUGUGUCCAUAUGGAGACAGAUCUUACACCGUAGGAGAAUUGGUCAGUGACACCAUUAGUUUUAGUACUUCAAAUGGUGGAAAAUCAAUGAUAAAAUACCCUAAAACUACAUUGGGUUGUGGCCAUGACAACGAUGGGAAUUUUAGAAGCACAAGCACAGGACUAGUUGGUCUUGGUGGUGGACCUUUGUCAUUGGUUACACAACUGGGUGAUGCAAUUGGUCACAAAUUCUCAUAUUGUUUGCUACCCUUUUCAGCAAACUCUACAAGUAAACUCAAAUUUGGAAGUGAAUCAUCAACGGUUUCUCGUAAUGGAGUUGUUUCUACCCCUUUGAUAUCUAAAUCUCCAUCCACUUAUUACUACCUUACUCUGGAAGGCAUCUCCAUAGGUGAGAAGAAACUACAAACAGAACAAAGUGCAAACAACAUUGUAAUCGAUUCCGGGACUACAUUGACUAUGCUUCAAUCGGAUUUCUACGACGGUUUUGAAUCCGCGGUUAAGGACGCCGUUGAUAACAGUCAUGAACCGGUACAGGAUCCACCUGAACCAUUAAGGUUGUGUUAUAGGGAUAUCUCAGUUGAGGACCUCCCUGAUUUGACAUUCCAUUUUUCUGGUGCUGACGUUCAUUUGCAGAAAAUGAACACAAUUCUGAAGGUGGACAACCUUAUUUGCUUGUCUAUAGUCCCUAGUGAGAGGUUCUCUAUCUUUGGCAACAUAGCACAAGUUAAUUUUAACGUAGGGUAUGACCUUCAAGAAAAAAUGGUUUCUUUUUAUCCUGCAGAUUGUACAAUGGAUCAGUAGAAUGAAGCUUCGACUUUGAU